AAGAACCAACUAAAACUAGGGCGAAAAUGAUCGGACAAAACGGAACGAAUAUUUGUGUUUUUCUGAAAUAUAACUCAGCGUUAUUGUUGUCCGAUAGCACCUGGUAGACAUCUCGGUAACGUCUUGUUAAGAGCAGGUGCUUCAUUCUCGACAGGUUUGAUAGACUCGUUCAUAUCGUAGGUAAUCGUUAGUCGGAGGCGGAACAUUUCUUUUUUUUUUUUUUAGCUCCGUUUAGUCUGCAGUCAAAAACAUCUCGGUCCCCUUCUGUUUGAUUCUGAAUAAAAAGGAGAGACGUCUCUAACAAUGGUUCAGAAGGAGAAGACGCUGGAGAAACCACCAGUGGACGGUGUGCCGAGCCCCAGCCCAGUCUCCGGAGAGGCUUGUGUGGAGGCCCCCGGCCCGGCAGAAGAGUCCGGCAUUGCAGUCCAAGCGACCGGCCACAGAAAAUUCAUCAGCGGGGUUGUGGAAGGUUUUUAUGGGCGACCAUGGACAAUGGAACAGAGGAAGGAGUUGUUCAGAAGGCAGCAGAAGUGGGGAUUGAAUACAUACCUGUAUGCACCCAAAGAUGACUACAAACACAGGAUGUUCUGGAGAGAGCUGUACUCUGUGGAGGAAGCAGAGCAACUGAUGACAUUGAUUGGUGCUGCUAAGGAGCAUGGGAUAGAGUUCAUCUAUGCCAUUUCCCCUGGACUGGACAUCACAUUCUCCAAUCAGAAAGAGGUUUCUGCUCUCAAAAGGAAGCUUGAUCAGGUUACUCACUUUGGCUGCAAGUCCUUUGCCUUACUUUUCGACGACAUUGACCACAACAUGUGCCCAGCAGACAAAGAGGUGUUCAGCUCGUUUGCACACGCGCAGGUUUCUAUUACCAACGAAAUCUACCAAUACCUAGGAGAGCCUGAAACCUUCCUCUUCUGUCCCACAGAGUACUGUGGAACAUUCUGCUACCCAAAUGUUCCUCAGUCCCCCUACCUCCACACAGUUGGAGAGAAGCUAUUGCCUAACAUUGAUGUGCUAUGGACAGGACCCAAGGUGGUGUCCAAAGACAUCUCAGUGGAGUCUAUUGAGGAGGUUUCAAGAAUCCUGAGGCGAGCCCCUGUGAUUUGGGACAACAUUCAUGCUAAUGACUAUGACCAGAAGAGGCUUUUCCUGGGUCCAUACAAAGGCCGCUCCACAGAGCUCAUCCCCAGACUGAAGGGGGUACUAACAAACCCGAACUGCGAGUUUGAGUCCAACUUCGUGGCAAUCCACACUCUGGCCACCUGGUACAAGUCUAACAUGAAUGGGGUGCGCAAGGAUGUAGUAAUGACUGAUGGCGAGGACAGCACAGUGUCCAUCCAGAUAAAGUUAGAGAAUGAGGGCAGCGAUGAAGAGCUGGAGACAGACAUGCUCUACAGCCCACAGCUUGCUCUUAAACUGGCUCUGUCAGAGUGGCUCAGUGAAUUCUGUGUUCCUCAUCAAUACAACAGCCGACAGGUGCCUCAGAGUGGUGCUAAAGGCACAGCUAUCGACGUGACGUCCAUGGUUUCUCCCUCCCUCUGCUCUUCCACGACUGUCACAACUGUGUUCCAGCAGCCCAUCAUGUCUCCUGCCAUGCCUCCUCUUCUUCUCGAUCCACUCUCACCUCUCUCACACCCUAUGGCAAAAAUAUCUCAGGAUGUUGAGGAGGUGGAGGUGGAGAAGAAGGAUUCAGAUGAGGAGCCCAUGGAGAUGGUGGUUGAGAAAAUGGUUGACGAGCCAGAGCCGGAAGCUGAAGUUGAAGCUGACUCAGAGGAGAAGCAUGCUGAUCCUAUCUUAGGUGACAAGAUGGCUGAGGACCUGAAGCCCAUGGAUACAGACAAGGAGAGUCUGGCAGAGUCAAAGUCCCCAGAAGAGUCUAUCCUGGAGGACUCUGGGAGUGAUAUCGCCCCCAUGCAAACAGAUGAUCAGCUCAAACAGGUGCCGCAACCAUUUGAUGUGUUUGUGCCUGGACCCAAUGAGAAGCCCCUGUUCAUAGCAGAACCCCUCACACUGGAGGACCUGAGCUUGCUGGCAGAGCUUUUCUACCUGCCUUAUGAACACGGAAACAAGGCCAUGCAGAUGUUGAAGGAGUUCAACUGGCUAAGAGCCAACAGCAGCGUCGUCAGUGUCAACUGCAAGCUAAAGGAGACAGACAAGGUAGAAGAGUGGCAAACGAGGGCAGAGAAGUUUGAGGAGAUGUGCUGCUCGGUCAUCCAGAUGUUCACGCGACUGUCCAAUUCAGCCAACCGCACCAUCCUCUACGACCUCUACCCUUACAUCUGGGACAUCAAGAGCAACAUUUCUAUGGUCAAGUCGUUUGUCCAGUGGCUAGAUGGAAGAAUCCACAGUACAAGUUUCUACUGCUAUUGGAUCGACAGUGGCCGAUGGUGUCGUAGUCAGUCCUCAGCACAAUUCCUUAGAGGAGACCAAGAGCCCUGGGCCUUUAGGGGAGGUCUAGCAGGAGAGUUCCAGAGAUUGUUGCCAAUCGAUGGGGCAAACGAUCUUUUCUACCAACCUCCACCUUCAAUGCCAACCUCCAAAAUCUAUUCCAUAAGGCCAUACUUUCCCAAAGAUGAGUCUUCUGUUUAUAAAAUCUGUAAAGAGAUGUUCUUUGAAGGACUAGAGGAAGCCCCUUUCUCUGAUGAUGACCCUGAUCUCAUAGGAGACAGGUUGGUAGGAGGACUCCUGACUCUGAGUCCAGACUACGGCUUUGUGCUAGAGGAUGACGAAGGGAUCUGCGGGUAUGCUGUCGGUACCGUGGACGUCAAGCCCUUCUUUAAAAGUUGCAAGUUGAGCUGGCUUCCUUUCAUGCAAGAGAAAUACCACAAACCUGACGAGCAGAAGGACCUCACUGAGGCUGAGAAAAUGAUGCUGAGUUUCCACGAGGAUGAGGAGGGUCUUCCAGAGUCUUUCCUCUCCAACUUCCCCUCUCUCAUCAAAGUCGACAUUCAGGGCAAGGUCACUGACCCCAGUGUGGCCAAAAGCAUGAUGGGAUGUCUUCUAUCUUCUCUUAAAGCUAACGGCUCCCAAGGUGCAUUCUGUAAGAUCCGUCAGACUGAUAAGAGAAUGUUGGACUUCUAUAGUAAGCUGGGAUGCUUUGAAGUGGCAACAAUGGAGGGCUUCCCCAAAGAUGUCAUCAUUAUGGGACGCAGCCUAUGAAGAAACAUCCCGCUGCAAUAACAGAGAGAAGGAGAGCAAGUCAACAUGGCUUCAACAUGUUUGCAACCUUCAUGAGAGAAACCUUUGUGAUGAUUUUAUACUACAUUACCAUGUGGGCGAGGCCCUGGAAACCUCUUUUUAGGAUUUAUGUACAGAAGCACAGCCAUCGCACACGCAGAUUUCCCGUGGUGCCCUUAGAUUUUAUGGCUCUGUUGGAUUCAGCAGAUCGGAAGCUAAAAGGAGGGAUCCGUCAUCAGAUGACUUGAGCUAGAGCAUGGAAGACUGACACUCCGGCAUUGAUUUCUGGGGUCCCCCUGCUUUUAUACCUCCAGGAGGCAAGAAGUGAUAGCUCCAUCAGCCUUUUUCUGAUUUAAUCCAGUAGCCAUUACAUGGAUAAUGCCUACAUGCCCUAAUGCAAAGUGUCUGUAUCUGAAGUGAAGGUAGAGCUGUGAAAUGAGGGCAGCCUGUAUCUCAGGUAGUCUUAACUACCCCCACGUCCUGCUGUAACACCACAGCUGUCAGCAUAAGUAGGACACAUUUUUACAGGAUGUGAGGUGCUAUGUCAGAGUUUGCCUUUCAUCAUCACAUAAGGGUAUUUCUCCACAAUAGACGUAAAGAAAGAGCACUUUUCAGUGGCGUGUUUCUGACUAAAAAUGGUGUGAAAUGCCGAUUCUGUAGACAUGAAGGUUGGAAAAAUGUAGCUCCUCUGGUUUGUGUGACUCUGAAUCAAAGAGUCUCACAGACGAGAAAAGGCAAGUAUUCGUUGAGACUUUUAAAGACUCAUCGAGGAAGUCUUCUUAAUUUCCGUUAAAGUAGAAGUAGACAAUUGGAAAGCAACAGAGAAGCUUCCACAAGUUUACAAACAUUGUUCUCGGCCUAUCUUUGCUGUGUGCUUUGCCAAUUUUCCUUUUCAUAUUUCAGCAGUUGCUUUCUUUCUUUUUUUUUUUUACUUACGUCCCCUUUAAGCUAUUGCCUUUCGGUUCAUUGCCUUUGGUUUUAAGGUUUAUAUAUCAGACCCCAGUGUCUUGUGUGUUAAGGCAUAAUAAUGUGUGUCUGUCAGAUUCAGCAAGAGAAGGUUCAUUUUGAACAUGACCUUAGUUGUUGUUCAAGUUCCACGGACGUAGCCUGACGUUGACUGUCAACACAGAAAAUGUUAAAGGAAGAUUGUGUGACUUUUUGAUCCAGUCGAUGUCGCCCUUGAUCACCAGCAUUAAAACCAAAACAAACUUCUGUUUGGCCACACCUCCGCUAUUCCUAAGCCUCCACUCCCCACCACUAGCAUUCGCACCUCCAACCCCUCUCCACUCGCGUUUGCUCGAAGAAGUUAUCAAUAAGAACGCACCAUAGUUAAGCACUAUUAAGCGCUGUCCUUUCCUCGAGCUGCAAUUACCUGUGGUCUGCAUUGUUGUUGGCACACUUUGGUUAGCUCAUAGCUUCAUAUUGCGCAUAAAUUAACCCAGAAUGACCGUGAUCUAAAGACACUUACAUGACAUCCAAAUAAGCAGUGAUUAGUUAUCCUUCUUUUCUCUAGUCCUUGACUGAAACAGAUUUAAAGGCAAAGCCGUCCCGUCCAUGUAAACAUGAUGUAAACACGGCAACAGUACAGCUGGUGCGACUCGAGCGUCUCACUCAGUGUAGACGGUCAUGACUCAGAGAGACAUUUACAGAGAAUAAACCUGAUUUCUUGUGUGUAGGAUGUCGCACAUUCUUCCUUUAAGUAGACGAACAGAAGUACACCAUCACUGUCUGUGAAAGCUCAGACUGUCUUGUUCGGUUAAGGUUAUUAAAAGUUACCAAAAAUCCAAAAAGUUUAAAGCAUCUCAGAGCUUUUUUCCCAAACCACUUAUUCCAAACCUGACUCGUAAAGCAGCAGGUUAUCUCGGCUCUGUCCAAAAGAUGAAAGGAAAUCUUUUGCUUGUUAUUGUUCAGAGAAAAUAAUCCGUUUACACGUGUUAUCUUGCGUCCCUCCUUGCGUUGCAUACUGUUAAAUGAAUGUCUCAGUGGGGCCUUGGUGAGCGGCAUUGCAAUGGUUAAAUUCUGUCACCAAAGUGGUACUGACUCCCACAUUUUUUUGUUGUGGGGGAGCAUGGAGCGAAAAAUUCCUGGGCCUUUUCCUAUCUGUCCAUUGAAUGUUUUAUAUUCUGAUGCAUUUCCUGUUAUGUUUUUGUAAAUGUACGUAGUUACCGGUUACUUAAAAAACACUUUGACUAAAUAUAGGAGUGGUCUGGUCUGUUGGUUACAUGAGGAUCAUCGGUUGCUCUUCAGUAGCUGCUUGCCAAUGUGAUGUUUUGAUACUGUGUACAUUAAUGUGCAUGAGGUGUAUUGGAUUUGCUGUGGCGAUCAUUAGAAAUAACCUCAUCUCGUGCUGCAUAGAGAAAGACGCAUGCCACUCACCUCUAUGAGCAUAAUACUGUAGAACCCUGACAGUCUGUAAACACUGUCAAUCAUAAAGUGUUAUUAUUUUGUAUAUCUUUAUUGAGACUGUGGCGAGCACUCUGUUGUCCUUGAAGGAAAAAGAAACACAUUGAAUCCUGCCCGGCUGUGUUUCAGAAAGGUGUGAAUCUCAUCAGAUAGACGGCAGGAUCUUCACGCUUGUUUUAAAAGGUUCAUGUUUUUUUUUUUUUUAGUUUGUCGAUGCUAGAGCUUUCUCCGCUUCCAACCGGGGUUUAAUGGAAACCGGUUGUGAGUGAGAGAAAGGGCUCCAAUUGUACAUUUUGAUUUUCUGAGUUAAGGGAAGGGGUGGGUUGUCAUAAAAGUGACUGUUUGACCAAUGUAAAAUUUAUAUGUAACAUACAUAAUGUUAAAAAAGAAAUAAAAAUAAUAAUAAGUUA